AUGGACUCGCCCGCGCCCCGGCGGUACAUUCCCUUCGCCAUUGAAGAGUCGUCGCCAUCGCGCCCUGUCCCCUCGAGCCCGCCGAAGCUGCUGCCCGCCUUUGAGCCUCUGUCGUCGUCGCCCCUGCCGCGGCCCCCCAAGCGCAAGUAUGACGAGAACAACGCGCUGCCCAAGGCCGAGCUGAAGUACUACCCCACGCCAAUGCCCACCUCAUCCACCGGCGUGCUGCCCUCGUCGCCGACGCGCCAGGUCCGCCAGCCCCUGCAACGUACGCUGUCUGCUCUCUCCGAACGGAACCCUCUCUGCGCCGUGCCCUCGAUCGAGGUCCCCGCGAGUGGAGAGCCGCUGCUCAUGGGCCGCUCCAGCAAUUCAUCUCACCACCAGCUCUCUGCAAAUCGCCUAAUUUCACGCGUCCAUGUCCGUGCCGUCUACCACGCUCCGACCGACGAGCACGCGUCCGGUCGCGUCUUUAUCGAAUGUCUUGGCUGGAAUGGCGUCAAGGUGCACUGCCGCGGACAGAUAUACGAUCUGGCCAAGGGUGAUACCUUCUCCUCCGACCAACCCUCCGCCGACAUCAUGCUCGACGUCCAGGAUACGCGUGUCCUGCUCGCCUGGCCUUACGUGUGCGAUAGGAAACGGAGUAUGUCGGCGGCUUCGGACACGACUUGGGACGAGGCCACCCCCACCAGAAGGAGGGCCGGAUCCACCGCUGGCUUCAACUCUAGCCCUCCUCCCUUCGCCCCGCAAUCCCCCGAGUCGCCCGUGCCCAAGGCCGCUGAUGCCAAUGACGAGACGUUCCUAGCUUCUGACCCUGCUGACCUCGAGCCCCCAGCCGUCCAGGUGUAUGAAGACGGCGAGUCGGGCGACGACAAGGCGCGUGCUGCUCUUGCCGAGUCUCAAUCGUCGCGCACUGCCUCCGGCUCUGCCCCCGAGGGUAAGGGAUCUCAGACCAGUGCUUCGUCUUUUGACUCUGACGACUUCUCUGAUCGCGACGAAGAAAACGAUCCUGUGGUCCACUCGUUUGGUCCCUUUGGUGCAAACAUUCUCUCGCGCAUGCAGUCCAUGUCCAACGUGCACUCGUCCCAGAGCAGGCGCCGUCGUCCUCUUAAGGACCCAAGGUCCCACCCCGAGUCCCCCGACGGCGCACAGAGCAAUUCUGAUGCCCCGCGCACCAACCUCUCUGAGUCGACCACCAGGAUCAAUGAGUCGCCGAUCAAGAACCACGUCAUCAAUCAACUUGCCUUUUCCCGCCUACACUCGAUGCCCCUGUCGACGAUCCUUGGCAACCUGCCAGCGGAGCUGCGUGGCGGAUCCACCGAUGCUGCACGCUCUCGCCGCGCGAACAAGGGUUCCAUGCUGGAAGAGCAGGCUGCCGAGUCAAUGGCCAGAUUGAGUGGCAGCGAUCUUCAGCAGAUGCUCGACGCCAUCCCCUGCAUUGGUGAGAUUACUCGUGUCGGCAAGGAUGCAUCCGGCCAUGCCUUGGAGAACGAGUACUACUACGUCCCCGAGAUGGACUCGAACCAGAUGCGCCGUGAUGCCGUCAUGGGUGGCAUUGGUGGCACCGGCUUGCGCUCGGUAAGGAAGGCCCACAAGCAAUACUACUGGAAGCGCCCGCGCUACUGA